AUGGCUCUCAGAAACGUACUGCAUCAACACUCAGUAGCCUCACUCUUGAUAUUGUUCUCUCUUACAUCCCUGAUAUUGCUGUUCACUCACCGUCGGCACACUCCCGCCCUCCCAAAGGACGCACCCAUCUCCGUAAACUACCACUUCACGCGCCAAUGCAACAAGACGUGCGGCUUCUGCUUCCACACCGCGACAAGCUCGCACAAGAUGUCCGAGCACCAAGCAAAGCAAGGCCUUCGCCUGCUCAAAGAAGCCGCCAUGCAGAAGACCAACUUCGCGGGGGGCGAGCCCUUCCUCUACAAGCUGUUCCUGGGCCACAUGAUCGAGUUUUGCAAGACGCAGCUCCAGCUCGACAGCGUGUCUAUCGUCACGAACGGCAGCCUCAUCACGCAGAAAUGGCUCGAGAGUUACGGGAAGUAUGUCGAUAUCCUGGCCGUGUCAUGCGACUCGUUCGACGAGGCGACGAAUAUCGAGAUUGGCCGAGGAAGCGGGGAUAAUGUGAAGCAGCUGUUUCGGAUCAAGGAGUGGUGCCGGCAGUACGGCAUCAAGUUCAAGCUAAACACCGUGGUCAACCGGCUCAACUUCGAGGAGGAUAUGGUGGCGACGGUCGAGCAGCUCAACCCGUUCCGCUGGAAGGCGUUCCAGGUGCUGAUGGUGGCGGGGAAGAACGAUUCAGAGACGACGCUGAGGGAUGUUCGAAAAUUUCAGAUCAGCGACGAGGAGUUUGAGCGGUUCUGCGCCAGGCAUAGCCAUCUGAGAUGUUUUGUUCCAGAGCCGAACAGCCUGAUGGCGACGAGUUAUCUCAUUCUGGAUGAGUAUAUCAGGUUCUUGGGACGUAAGGACGGGAAAAAUCAGGCUUCCAGGGGCAUCUUGGAGGUUGGAGUCAAGCAGGCGAUGAGGGAGGUUUUCUGGGAUAAGGAGAGAUUUGAGGCGAGGGGCGGGGUUUAUGACUGGAAGAGGGAGGAGACGGCCCGUGGAUGCGAGCCUGAUGCGGGGGGGAAGGCUUUGCGGGAGGCGCUGGCUGCGUUGAAGUAG